AAGCAACAAUGGGCGCGUUUAGAACAUGCUUCCUAUUCAUCAGCUUGCAGCUCGUUUCAAUGAUAGCGAGCCAGGAGCUAUACAAGCGGCUGCCCCAAGGUUUCGUCGGCAUGCGCGGUAAAAAAUACAUCGACGACAGCGCCGAGCAGUUCUACAAACGAAAACCUCAGUUCUUCGUCGGAGUUAAAGGCAAGAAGACCUUCUACGAUUUCAUGGAGAGCCCUGAGAAUUACUUCAAGCGUGCUCCGAUGGGAUUCAUGGGCGUGCGGGGAAAGAAAGAGGCCCUGAUCCCAGAAAACAACUACUAUCCACAGAAUUACGAAUACGUAUUGAAAAGAGACGGAUCUUUGAUUGGACAGAUAGAUUACACAUCCAAUGAAAAUACUAAUGACCCUGAGUUCCCGAUUCUGAACGAGAUAUUGAACGAAUAUCUUCAGAAGCUCGAGCGUCCGGCCGAAGCUGAAGUAAAUGACACGAGUGAAGAGACAGAGCGUAUCACCAAUGAAGUCGACAAGCGUGCUGCAAACAUUCACCAAUUCUUCGGAGUGCGUGGCAAGAAGUCUAUCCAGAAUAAGCGGCCUUAUGAUCUCAGCUUCCGUGGCAAGUUUAUCGGAGUGCGAGGCAAGAAAGACUUGAAGAACAGCCCGCAGGAGAUCAAGUUCUUGUUGAGCGGACCGUUUCCCAAGAGGAAGGGACAGAUGGGCUUCUUCGGCAUGCGCGGGAAGAAAUGGAUCGAUGAGUCCAGCCCUGAAGUAGAGACGCCGAACUAAGUCUCGAGUCAUGUAUUUAACACCUGAGUCCUGACUAAUGAAAGACUUCACUUCGACUUUGACAUAUCCUUAAUGUAAGAAUUUCUUGCCAAUUAAUAUUUAAGGCUCAUUUUAGCGUUAUUUUCACCUCGGUACUAAGAGUUUCUAGUCAAUAAAUAUAUAAAUGAAAUGUUUGUUAGUCUUUUCCUUAUUAUUCAAAUAUUGAGGUUAUAUUGUGUAAUGAAAUCAAUGUCUUUGCCUAAAAUCUGUUAUGAUUUAUCAAAUACAAUUGUUCCUGUAAUAUUUAUAUGGUAAUCAGUAAAUAGAAGUUACCAUUGUAUUAUCUUCAGUAAUAUUUUAUGAGCAAUUUGAAAUGUAGCUUGGUCAAUUUAUUUUGUAUCUGUCAAUGAAACAGAAUGUAGAGAUAGGUUUAAAAAUUAAUAUCAAGUUUCUAAAAGCUUGCAUUUGUUAUGGCGUAUAAAUGUUAAAUAUUAGAUUUAAUGAUUCAAUUAUGUAUAUUGUAGAUGUAUAAUAAAUAAUUAUUCUAAACCUAUAUAUUCAGGUUUUAUUUGGCAACAUUAAGAAUAAUAAAUGUAAAAUUUUGUUUCUCUGUUAAAACAUUUUGUUAAGGCUGGCAAAAUGUAACAUUGUAUCUUACAGUAAAUAAAGCAGUUACAAAUUGUA